UGUCCUCUCUCUUGUCCUCUCUGUCCUCUCUCGGUCCUCUCUUGUCCUCUCUCUUGUCCUGUCUGUGUUUAUCUCCCGGUUCUUCCUCCCUCCUCUCUCUCUGCUGAGCUCAGACGGACACUGAGGAGGAGACGCCAUGUCGGCGGCGCAGGGAGGCGUCCUCUUCCAGGAGAAGGUCAGCCGGCUGCUGAGCAGAAAGAACGGGAAACCCGCGCUGAAGCCGAACAGACCUCUGGUUCUGAAAGAUGCUGUAGCCAACCGUAAACCCAAGAAAGGAGAGGCCACGUGUAUCACAGAGAUGUCCGUCCUGAUGGCGUGUUGGAAGCAGCAGAACUUUGUGGACGCUCUGUGCUCGAGUGAGAUCAGCAGCUUCUACACGUGUGUUCAGGAGGCACAGGCGGCUGCCAGGAAUAAAAGUGAGCAGACGAGCUUUGAGGGAGGCCGUCUGCCGCCCAAACAAGCCAACACCCUCCUGAAGAGAUAUCCCAACCUGCGCUCUGAAAUCUAAGACUCUGUCCUGUGGACUUUAUAUGAAGCUCAUUGGACGACGUGUUGUCAUCAGUUAGUGUUCAAACAACAGGAUAUACUGUGUAUAUACUUUUGUAAAACACAUCAACCCUAACCCUCUCAUCCAUGUUCAUGUGCACCAUUAAAGAAUUGUCUGAAUCAACAA